AUGCCAUUCGAGAUGCUUUUAUCAACUGCUGAACACAUACGAAUGAGAUUGCCCAUUGAAAAAAUUGAAGAAAAUAAAGAUAAUGCAUUAGAACCUAAUAAAUCAUGUUGGAAUCGUUUUACAACUUCAUUAAAAAGACCAUUUCGUCUUGAUCUAUCAUUAUCAAAACAAGAUCUUGAUCAUUAUACAGCUAUAUAUUCAUCUAAUAAUCCUAACUUUGAACAUUUAUUUGCAACAUUACGUGGUUCACAAGAUUUAUAUUUUACACCCAGUGAACGAAUUUUAUUGACAUAUGAAUUAUUAGCAAGAGCUCAUCCUGUUGAUCAUGACAAAGAUCUUCCACAAGAAGAGAACACUACCCGUGUUCCACCACGGAAUGGUCAAAAACGAUCCGGAAUUGGCCGAUUAAUAACUGAAAAAGCGUACGAAAGUUAUUUUCCUUUGCAUGAACCUUUACGAGAUGAUGUCAGACAUAUUGAUGAUGAUGGUUUAAAUGAUCGAGAAAAAUUAAGAAAGCACUGGGCAACAAUGCGUCGAUGUUUUAAAUUUCAACCAUUAUCUCUAAUUCGUUCAUAUAUGGGUGAAAAAAUCGCAUUUUAUUUUGUAUUAACUGGCUUUUAUAAUCAAAUGCUUAUUCUACCUGCAUUAGUCGGUCUAAUUAUAUUUAUAUAUGGUGCAGCAUCUGUCUUUACUGAUACACCAACAUCUGAUAUAUGUGGAAGUUAUGGACAAAGUACAUACAUGUGUCCACGAUGUGAUCUAAGUUGUCCAUUCUGGAAACUAAGUGAAAGUUGUGUUUAUUCAAAAAUUUCAUAUGUAUUUGACAAUAUAGCAACCGUUAUUUUCGCUAUAUUCAUGUCUUUAUGGGCAAGAUUGUUUGUUGAAUUUUGGAAACGUCGUGAAGCAGUAUUACGUUAUGAAUGGGAUUCAAUCGAUUUUGUUUCAAUUCUUGAACCUAUACGACCAGCAUAUGAGAGUAAAGCAGAACCAGAUGAUCAACGUAUGAAUCCUGUUACAGAAAUAAAUGAGCCAUAUAUACCUGCUAAAAAACGGAUACGAUGGUUUAUACUUUCAGUUCUUGUUGUUAUAGUUACUGUAGCAAUUGUAUGUGGAACCGUUUUUUGUACAGUUGUUUAUCGUAUUCAGAUGGAUUAUCUUUUGAAAAGUACAUCGGUGAAAACAUAUUCUUCAAUCAUAAUAACUGUAACAAGUGCUGUUAUGAAUCUUAUUUGUUCACUAAUAUUAUCAUUAUUAUAUCGUUGGGUUGCUCGCAAACUAACUCACUUAGAACUUCAUAAAUAUCAAUCUACAUAUAAUAAUUCAUUCAUAAUAAAAAUGUAUCUUUUUCAAUUUGCUAGCUUUUAUGCUUCAUUAUUUUAUAUUGCUUUUUUCAAAGGAAGAUCUACUGAAUAUCCAUCGAACUAUGGUGAACCGGGUACUGGAGACUUUACAGAGCAGUGUGAUCCUGCUGGUUGUUUAGUUGAACUUUCUAUUCAGUUAUUAAUUAUUAUGAGCGGUAUGCAAAUUAUAAAUAAUGUAUGGGAAUUUACAUCUCAAAUGGGUCCUACAUGUACACGUCUAUUCUAUAGAUGUACACUUUUUUGUUUUAAGUGGGGUAAAAAUGAUGAAGAAGUACAAUGGGAAAAAGAUCAUAAAUUAAAAAGCUUCAGUUCACUUGGAUUAAUUGAUGAAUAUCUUGAAUUAGUUAUUCAGUUUGGCUUUGUUACAUUAUUUGCUGUUGCUUUUCCAUUAGCACCAUUGUUUGCAUUGGCUAAUAAUAUAGUUGAGUUACGUUUGGAUGCAUGGAAGCUCCUAACGAGAUAUAAACGACCUGUUCCAUUUAAAGCAGCUGAUAUUGGUAUUUGGAGUGACAUUUUCUCUGGUGUAUCAUAUCUUGCCGUAUUAACUAAUGCAAUAGUAAUUGCUUGGACAUCGGAGUUUAUUCCGAAAAUGGCAUACCGUAUUUUACAGUCAACAGGAUCAAGUCUUAGUGGUUAUGUUGAUUGGACAUUAACAUCAAUUUCAAUUGCAGAUUAUAAUAGCACCGGUAGAAUGCCUCCUGAUGUACCAAGUGGUGUUACAUAUUGUCGUUAUCGUGAUUUUCGUAGUUCUGCAGCACCAUAUUCAGAAUCGUUGAUUUAUUGGAAUGUACUUGCUGCUCGUCUAGCAUUUAUUAUUGUUU